AUGAGAGGAGAGGAGCGAGGAGGAGAGAGAAGAGAGGAGGAGGCGGAGGAGGUGGAAUAUAGGAGCGGAGCGGAGAGGAGCCGAGGAGAUGGAGAGGACGAGGAGGAGGAGGAGGAGGAGAGGAAAGAGGAGGAGGAGAGGAGGAGAGGACAGAGAGGAAGGAGAAUGAGGAGGAAGGAGGAUAUAGAUGGAAGAAUGGAGGAGGACAGAGAUAGAAAUGGAGGAAUGACAGAGGAAUAUAGAAUGAGAGAUGGAGAUGGAGGAGGAGGAGGAUGGAGGAGGACAUAUAUAGGAGGAGAUGAGAUAGAUGAGAUGGAGAUGAGGAGGAGGGAGGAGAUGGAGAGGAGAGGAUGGAGGACCACCUGUUAUGCCUCCGAGUUCCCAACGGGGGUUCAGUCACACGAGCAGAGCUGGGUAACCACCGCUAUCCAGCAUGAAACGACUUAA